AAAUGGAGACCCACCCUUUUUCCUACAGAAAGGAGAUGGGUGUGUGACGGACAAAGGCUGCGACGCCCGGAGGUGGAGGCAGCUGAAAGAGCACCCUGAGGGAUGCCCAAGAAAUUUCAGGGGGAGAACACCAAGUCGGCAGCCGCCCGGGCAAGGAAGGCUGAGGCCAAGGCAGCGGCUGAUGCCAAGCGGCAGAAGGAGCUGGAGGAUGCCUUCUGGAAGGAUGAAGACAAGCACGUGAUGAGGAAGGAGCAGCGGAAGGAGGAGCGUGAGAAGCGCCGCCUGGAACAGCUUGAGCGGAAGAAAGAACUUCAGCGCCUACUGGAAGAGGAGGAUGCCAAGCUGAAGGGGAAGUCGCCCAAGCCGCUAGUCCCCAGUAAGGUCACCCGGGCCCAGAUCGACGAGACACUCCGGAAAGACCAGAAGGAGAACGGAGAUGUUGUGGAAAAACAGAAGAGCCACCUUGAGGUGCCGUUAGAGGAGAACAUCAACAGGAGGGUGCUGGAAGAAGGAGCAGUGGAGGCCCGGACCAUCGAAGAUGCGAUUGCUGUGCUCAGUGUUGCAGAUGAUCUGGACCGUCACCCGGAGCGGCGGAUGAAAGCCGCUUUCGCCACUUUUGAGGAGGUGAACCUUCCCCGCCUCAAGCAGGAGAACCCCAACAUGCGCCUGUCCCAACUCAAGCAGCUGCUGAAGAAGGAAUGGAUGAGAUCUCCUGAAAACCCCAUGAACCAGAGGCACACUGCCUACAACAGCCAGAAAUAAGACUCGGGAGGGAGGGGGGCAGGCCGGUGGGAAGGAGGGAGCCUCCCUGCCCCCUCUUCCUCACCCCCCAAAAAAUAUCUCCAAGGACCGCAGACACUGCUGUGACAGGCCUCCUUGAGCUCAACUUUUAAGGAUUUAAAAGGUGCAACUAUUUUCUUUUCCUCUCCCCAAGCCCUUUGCUUUGUUGAUCCCUCCCCUACUGAAGUUCCCCAUUAAAUCAAGAGGGUUUUGCACCUU